AUGAAGCCAAAAUUUCGGAAUCCUUCUUUUGUAAAUUUUGGCAAAUUCCUAGCUAUUUCGGGGCUAUCUCUUUUGUUUUUCUAUACAUUCUUCUACAACCCUCCCUGUAAUAAAUGUUGUGAUCUUUCCUCACCCGUUGAGAUCAAAUGGUCGAAUUCAUCUAAAAAUACUGUUGAUUACCCUACCAACAUUAGCCACAUUAAAUUCGUUUUGAUCGGCAGCUUGAAAACAUGGAAGCAAAGAAGACCAUACAUUGAAGCCUGGUGGAGACCAAAUGAAACUAGGGGAAAUAUCUUUAUGGAUUCACCUCCCUCCAAAGAAUUUCUACCAUGGCCUCAAACUGUUCCUCCUUUUCAGCUCAAUGAAGAUGCCACUAAGCUACCGGUAUACCCUAAGCUCGCAAACCCAAUUGAAGCACGAAUAUUCCGUUCUGUUUUGGAUUCAUUUAGACUAGGAGAUAACGAAGAUGUGAGAUGGUUUGUUAUGGCAGAUGAUGACACUAUCUUUUUUGUGGAUAAUUUAGUUCAAGUAUUAGCAAAGUAUGAUCAUACUAAGCGAUAUUAUGUUGGAAUGUAUUCGGAGGCUGUCAUAUCCAACUUUCUUUUCUCCUUUGAUAUGGCGUACGGAGGAGGUGGAUACGCUCUGAGUUAUUCCCUAGUGGAAGAACUAGCGCCAUUGAUGGAUGAUUGCCUUGAGAGAUAUCCGUUCAUGCAUACCAGUGAUCAUCUAUCAUCCUCUUGUUUGUCUGACUUGGGGGUUGGUCUAACCGUUGAAAGGGGUAUUCAUCAGAUUGAUCUACUUGGUGAUAUAUCAGGCAUGCUAUCAUCUCAUCCGCAGUCUCCUAUUGUUACACUUCACCAUUUUGACAACAUAGACCCACUCUUCCCUUACAAGAACCGCAUCGAAUCAAUAAAUCAUCUCAUGAAAGCUGCAGAAGUCGAUCAACCACGUUUGGUACAACAAACGAUCUGCUAUCAUAGGCCAACCAACUGGUCUGUCUCGGUCUCGUGGGGUUACUCGGCUCAUAUAUAUGAAAAUAUCAUCCCUCGGAGUGUUCUAAGGAAACCCAUUGAGACAUUUGCACCCUGGAAGAAUGGUCCGCCUCCAGUGUACAUGUUCAACACCAGGUUGCCUACAAACGAUUCAUGUCAAGCUCCGCAUGUAUUCUUCAUGGAAUCCGUCAGGAAAAUCAAAGGGAAUGCCUUGGUUCUUACUACCUAUAGACGAAAAGCACCACGUCGACUGCGACCUUGUUUCUACACAGGAAAUCACUCUGCAGAUCGCAUCAGCAGAAUUCGAGUUUUUUCUAAUGCAACAGUGCGCAUGGAGCCUGGAAGCAUAAAAUGCUGCAGUGUUAAAUAUAUGGGUGGCAUGAAUGUUGUGAACAUCAAGUUAAGGGAUUGUAGGAAGGGUGAAGUAAUUGCGUAA